GUGUGAUCAUCCAAGUCGGGGUAGACUGAUGAUGAUUCUGCUCAAGUUGUUGUUUCAAGACUAGCCUUGGCUGAUCACACUAGACAUAGAACUGCUGAAUAGAAAACCCGGCGUUCAAAUUGCCUAUCAAGUUGACAUAUAUAUUAGUGCAGCCAAAGGCCGGGCACUGGGUAAAUCGAAUCGCUCUGAGGCUGACUUUGUCUGCUUUGUUUGGCCUUCUAGAGGAACGUUUUUCACCUUAUAAAGAAGUUCAGUUCAGAAAGUUUUGCCUGCCUGUGAAAACCACUUGUUUUCCUGCUGAAAAUGUUAAUGAAAUCCCUGCACGUGUCAAAAAGAACUUUCACUCUUUAUACAUGUAAAUAUCAGUGAAUGAAUCUUUAUUUCAUUUGUUGCUGUUGUAUUUUAGAGUAAAAGUGCCAUGGACAAAGGCAUUUGCUGCACUUCCGACAAUUUGCUUUAGUUUCAUGUGUCAUGUACCUUCAGUAGCUGUGUAUGCAGAACUCAGGAGACCAAGUGUACCUAGAUUUGGAAUUGUUACUGUCAUCGCAAUGACCAUUUGCAAUACAGUUUACACCUUGACUGGUUCAUUUGGCUACUUAACAUUUGGCACAACUGUUAAGAGUGACGUGCUUUUGAGUUAUGACUCUAACGACGUUUUGGUGAAUAUUGCAAGAGUCGUGUUAUCUGUCAUGGUCUUGUCAACAGGAGCAAUGGUUACUUUUUGUGGAAGGAGCUGUCUAGAGGGAUUGUAUCUGGCAGCCUUCAGAAUGCCUCCAUCCUUUGCUGAGAAAAACGAAUCAACACGACGUAUUGUACAAACGUUAGUUUGGUUUACACUGGCCCUCAUUACUUCUUUGUAUGUAACAGACAUACAAUAUGCGAUAGAUCUUAUUGGCGGAAUGACAGCAUUGUUUAUUUUUUUCUUCCCAGGCAUUUUUCUUGUUCAAGAAAUGCUUCAGUAUUCAUUUCUCACAGCCACAAGAAAACUGUUGAUUGUUCUUGGUCUCUGGUAUGUUUUUGUUGGAGUGUUUAUAUUUGCAGAAUCUGAAAUGUUAGCCAUAAUGGAGGACAUCAAAGGAAAAGGCUUGUACUAAGCUGAUCACCAUGGUGCCCAGCCGUUACUUUGCCAGCUUGCCCUGAUGACAAACCAGUUCACACUACAAGUGCAGGAUAACAAACUCUAAAUGCCUGAUCGAUUAUAAUGAACAAACCCAGAGGUUUCAUUAACGUGUAACUGUAAAAUUUACUUACGUGCAAGUGUAAAAAUAUGUACAAAUUGUAAAAUAUUGCACAAUACAGUUAACCAACCGCUGUAUCAUUGUGAUGUUAUUUGGUCUAACGCUAACAAAACAAGUCUCUAGAGACUUCUUAGAUUACAAAAGCGAGACGCUCACCUUAUUCUGGUGAAAAGGAUCAGAGAGGAAUGCACUGAGUUUAUUCCAGUGUCUUGGUUACUGCCCUUCCUAUCUUGACAAGAUUUUUCCUAUUUACUCCCAAAUUCAUAGUCAUUACACUUGAAGGAACAAUUACAUUCAUAAGGCUAGGAUUUCAUCUCAAUCUGGUGUAGAAUCAUUUUUGACUUGGAAAAUAACAUUUUCCAAGUACUUUGUGGUAACGUCUCGCACUAGGAUGACUUCAUGAAUGUUUUCAACGUUGUCAAAUCUCCUCGUGUAUUCUCUUACUGUUGCGUUCUGCAUUAUUUCUUAUGCCACUGGGAUUUAACUUCAUUCGUCGCCUCUCUAGCUCGAUACAUCAUGUUUCGACAUAAUUUGCUUGUUUAUACACCUAAUUAGCCUUGAUACAUAAGCUGUCCACUUGUUUUGAUCUAACUACAUGACUAUGGCUCUGAAAUAGAGCCAAAAUAUUGUGAAAACCUUUUUGCAUUGUGGUAAACCAAAUUACUUGGUUUUCAACAAUGUUAACAAUCUUACUACCUGCUAAGUUAUAUAGAGUCUAUAUCAGAAUCUUGACAUUUUAAUCUGAACAUCUCUUUGUAUAAAAAGAAUUUCUCAAGAAUUACUGGUCAGGGGUUUAUUGUAGAUUUCAUGUAUAAAUAUAAUUAA